UCUGCGGAGACGCUGCAUCCGGAGCCCGUGAACCCACAGAGCAUCUUCAUCACCUCCUCCUCCUCCUCCUCUUCCUCCUCUUCUACACACCAUCCCUCAGAUACAGGCGUGAAGAUGGGGCGCAGGAAGUCCAAGAGGAAGCCGCCUCCCAAGAAGAAGAUGACGGGGAACCUGGACACCCAGUUCACCUGCCCGUUCUGCAACCACGAGAAAUCCUGCGACGUGAAGAUGGAACGGACCCGGAACACGGGGAUCAUAUCGUGCAGCGUCUGCCUGGAGGAGUUCCAGACGCCCAUCACCUAUCUGUCCGAGCCAGUGGACGUCUACAGCGACUGGAUCGACGCGUGUGAAGCAGCCAAUCAGUAGUCCCGUCUCCCUGUGACUCCUCCCUUACCUCACGCUUCACCUCUGGUUGGGUGAAUCAGCUCCUGUCUGUCCCACCGUCCUUUCCCGUCAGAGACUCGCUGGGAGACACGCCCCCUCUGGCUGGGCCGGAGGCCGGACAGUAGCGUGUCAGCGUCACGGCUUCAGGAUCAUUUCUCAUGUCACUGAUGAAAAGUUUCCUUUCACAGAAGAAGAAAGAUGCUCUGACAUUCGCCGUAUUAAACGUCAUAUUAUUAUUAAGUUUAUAAUAUAACCUGACUUUUUAGAAUUUCUGUUAUAGAUAAAGAAUCAUUCCUUUCUUUAGGUUGUAUGCAGAAUAUACUGACGUACACAAGUGUUAGUGUGUUUCAGAUUUCAUUCCUGUUACAAAUGCACUGAAUCAUUACGAUGGUUUCUCCUUUUUUAGA